GAGGAGGUGGAGGAGGUGAAGGAGGAGGUGAGGGAGGUGAAGGAGGAGGUGAAGGAGGUGGAGGUGAAGGAGGAGCCGGGCGGUGAGACGUGGCUGCCCGUGAAGGUGGAGAGAGGCGACGCUGACGAUGGUCAGGCAUCUGAUUUUCGCGAAGUCCUCCGACCCAAAGCUUUGGGGGACCUCGGCGAAGACGAGGACCUCGACUCCGACCACCAGGACCUUCGGUCCGACGGAGAGGAUCCUCGUGUUAAAGAGGAACCUUUGGAGAAUGAGAAAGAGGACCUCGACUCCGACGACGGGAAGCUUCGGCCCAACCGAGAGGAUCUUCGCAGCAAAGAAGGGCCUCUGGAGGACGAGGACCUUCCCGCCGGUGCUUCGACGGAGAGAGCCGGGGAGUCGCGGGGAGACCGGGGGACUCCCUCGGACGUGGCGGAGAUCGAGGUGGUCCUGGAGAACAGCAGGGGCCGGAGGAACCGGACGGACGGCCGGAAACCCGGCGACGGCAAGAAGCCGCUCAGUUGCCCUCUGUGCGGCAGGGCGAUGGCGUGCUUAUCGGCCCUGAAGAGGCACGCGAUGACGCACACGGGGGAGAGGCCCUUCAAGUGCUCCGUGUGCGGGAACGGCUUCCGGCUCGCGUCGACCCUCAAGAGCCACGCGAUGAUCCACACGGGGGAGAAGCCGUACAAGUGUUCCCUGUGCGCCAGGGACUUCAUCCACUCAUUGGCCCUCAAGAGGCACAUGAUGAACCACACCAACGAGAAGCCGCACAAGUGCUCGGUGUGCGGCAAGGCCUUCACCGACUCGUCGACGCUCAAGAGCCACGCGAGGAUCCACACGGGCGAGAGGCCGCACGAGUGCCCAACGUGCGGCAAGACCUUCGGGCACCUCUCCAACUUCAGGAGCCACACGAAGAUCCACACGGGCGAGCGGGCUCACCGCUGCCCCGUGUGCGACAAGGGCUUCCUGGAGGCGAAGUCUCUCAAGAACCACCUGAUGACCCACACGGGAGAGAAGCCUCACAAGUGCGAGCUCUGCGAGAAGGAGUUUGUGCAGCCGUCGGCCCUGAAGGUCCACGCGAUGAUCCACACAGGCGAAAAGCCGCACCGGUGCCCUAUAUGCGACAAGGACUUCAGAAAUUCGUCUGCCUGCAACAGGCACAUCAAGUCGCACAGCGUGGAGAAGCCGUACAAGUGCUUCGUCUGCGGGAGAAACUUCGCGGAUCUCUCGAAUCUCAACUUCCACAUGAAGUGUCUCAAUCACUGAGCCCGUGUGAAGCCCAGGCAACAAAGGGCGACUCUACAAUCGGCCCUCCGACGGAUGUCCGACGUCAACGGGCCUCCGUCCGACGUCCGCAGCCGGUUUUACGAUAGGCGACACCGCCCUAAAGAGUCUCCGUUGGCAUUCCGGACCGCCCUACUCGCAAUGGCAAGAGCGGGCUACCCCCGCAUGGACAACGAAGCCAUUGACGCUAUCGUCCUCCAGAAGAUGAUGGAGCUGGCACGCGAGCUGCGCAUCGUCAUUCAAGCGGUGGACGACGACGGUAUGUGCUCGCUACGAGCCGCUCGGAG